AUGCUUCGUUGCAACUUCCUCAUUACUUGGUUCCUUUUCUUCUGUUUCUUCUUUGCCAUUGCUUCUUCUUCCUCCUCAAACCGCACAAAACGCGUGUUUUCUCACCGCGACGCUUAUACUCUUUUGCUGUUCAAAUCCAAAGCUGAUUUAUGGAACAAGCUUGGUUUCUUCAGCAACAGAAGCUCUAAUUUCUGUCAAUGGUGGGGUGUUACGUGUUACAGCAACAAAGUUGUUCGUUUGGUUAUAGAGGAUCUCUAUCUCGGAGGCCAACUCGCUCCUGACUCAGUCAAUAAACUCGAUCAGCUCCGAGUUCUCAGCCUCAAGAACACCUCGCUAAUCGGUCCUUUACCUGAUUUCUCCGGUUUGGUUAAUCUGAAAUCGCUAUUUCUCGAUCAUAACUCCUUCUUCGGUUCGUUUCCUCUCUCGGUUCUCGAGCUUCACAGGUUAAGAACCCUUGAUUUCUCUUUCAACAAACUCACCGGUCCUAUCCCUCCCGGUUUAGUCUCUUCCGACCGGUUGAUUUACCUCCGGCUCGAUUCGAAUCUGUUUAACGGUACAGUACCUGCUCUAAACCAAUCCUCGCUACAUUCUUUCAACGUUUCCGUUAACAACUUAACCGGUCCUGUACCGGUCACCGCCGUUUUGUUACGAUUUGGGAUUUCAUCUUUUCUUAAAAACCCUAAUCUCUGCGGCGAGAUCGUUCACAAGGAAUGCAAUCCGAGGUCCAAGUUUUUCAGUCAAUCUCCGCCGGAGAAGACGGCGGCGCCACCACCGCCUAUGUUGCACGGCCAUAUGGCACACAUCGGAGAGUUGGGGAUAUCCCGGUCGAACCAUGGCAAACAUUCGCGAUUCGCGGUGAUUUUAGGGUUUCUAUUGGCCGCUCUUCUCCUAUUUAUCUCCGUCGGUUGCCUAAUCGCCGCCGUGAAGAGACGGAGAGACAAAAACGAUAAGGAGAGAGGGAAAGAAUCGACGGCGGUUGUUGCAUCCUACGCGGCGGAGACGGCGGAGGUUGCGGCGGCGAUACAGGUGGAGCAAGAGAGUGAGAUAGAGGAGAAGGUGAAGAAGCUACAGGCGGCGAAGAGUGGGAGCUUAGUAUUCUGUGCGGGAGAGGCCCACGUGUAUACGAUGGACCAGCUAAUGACAGCUUCGGCUGAGUUAUUGGGUAGAGGAACUGUGGGGACCACUUAUAAGGUGUUGCUUGACAGCCGUUUGAUCGUGACGGUUAAGAGACUAGACACCAUUAGAUUGGCGGGUGUAGGAAGAGAGAAAUUUGAGCGUCACAUGGAAUCAGUUGGGGCAUUAGGGCAUCCGAAUCUGGUCCCACUAAGGGCUUAUUUCCAGGCAAAGGAAGAGAGGCUGUUAAUCUAUGAUUAUUUGCCAAAUGGCAGCCUCUCGUCGCUCGUCCAUGGUACAAAAUCGUCGAGGGCAAAACCAUUGCAUUGGACUUCUUGCUUAAAGAUAGCAGAAGACGUAGCUCAAGGUCUCUCUUACAUCCACCAAGCAUGGCAGCUUGUUCAUGGGAACCUCAGAUCCUCCAAUGUACUUCUCGGACCAGACUUCGAAGCUUGUAUCGCCGACUACUGUCUCGUCGCUCUUGCAACAAACCCUCCUCUAACAUCAAACGACGGUGAACAAGAAGACGAGGAUGCAAAAGCUUAUAAAGCUCCUGAAGCUCGACACAAGAGCUUGAGUCAUCAAUCGGUUAAAGCCGAUGUUUAUUCGUUCGGGAUUCUUCUUUUGGAGCUUUUGACAGGGAAACAACCUUCGAAGCUUCCGGUUUUUCCUUUAGAUGAGAUGAUCGAAUGGGUUAGGAAAGUGAGAGAGGAAGGUGAGAAGAAUGGGACUUGGAGAGAGGAUAGAGAUAAGUUCGGAAUGUUGACGGAAGUCGCGGUGGCUUGUAGCUCGGCUUCGCCGGAGCAGAGGCCUACGAUGGGGCAAGUGUUGAAGAUGUUGCAAGAGAUUAAAGAAGCGGCUGUGUUGGAAGAGAGUGAACUUGUCAUGGAUUCUACUAAUUCUGGAAGCUCCUAA